CUCCCCAAUCCGCGCUCCCUCCUUCCCGCACGAGGUGUUGAGCAAUAAUUCCAAGGAAUUUUCUCACCCUCCAGCGGUGUCUCCGCGUCCCGGCCUGCAGGUGCUGUGUCCCCGUGUCUCCGUCCUCCCGUGGUUGCCCGGUUUGGGGCUCCCCCCUCGCCACGGCCAUGCCGGCCCCGACGGGGAGCCCGGAGAUCCGGGCUCCGGAGCGUCUCACCUUCAGCCUCUGGGACUACGGAGUCUUCGGGCUGAUGCUGCUCGUCUCCACGGGCAUCGGGCUCUUCCACGGCCUCGCCAGGGGCGGCCAGAAAACCUCGGAGGACUUUUUCACGGGGGGCCGGCGCAUGUCGGCGCUGCCCGUGGGGCUCUCGCUCUCCGCCAGCUUCAUGUCGGCCAUCCAGGUGCUGGGAGUGCCGGCGGAGGCGUUCCGGUACGGCGCCAAAUUCCUCUGGAUGUGCAUGGCACAGCUCAUCAACGCCCUGCUCACCGCCCAGCUCUUCCUGCCCGUCUUCUACCGCCUGGGGCUCACCAGCACCUACGAGUACCUGGAGCGGCGGUUCAGCAGGAGCGUCCGGCUCUGCGGGACUCUGCAGUACGUGGUGGCCACGAUGCUCUACACGGGGAUCGUCAUCUACGCCCCCGCCCUGAUCCUCAACCAAGUGACCGGGCUGGACAUCUGGGCCUCCCUGCUCUCCACCGGGGUCAUCUGCACCUUCUACACCACCAUCGGUGGGAUGAAGGCUGUCAUCUGGACCGACGUCUUCCAGGUCUUUGUCAUGCUCUCGGGCUUCAUCGCCGUCAUCAUCCGGGGGUCUCUGCUGGUGGGGGGUCCUGCCAAGGUGCUGGGCAUCGCUGCCAACAGCUCCAGGAUAAACUUUGGAGACUUCAACCCGGACCCGCGGAGCCGGUACACGGUGUGGACCUUCCUGCUGGGCGGGACCCUGGUCUGGCUCUCCAUGUACGGCGUCAACCAGGCCCAAGUGCAGCGCUACGUGGCCUGCAGGACCGAGAGGGAGGCCAAGAUGGCGCUGCUGGUGAAUCAAGUGGGGCUGUUCUGCAUCGUCUCCAGCGCGGUCGCCUGUGGCCUCGUCAUGUUUGCCCUCUACAAGGACUGUGACCCCCUCCUGACCGGUGCCAUCGCUGCCCCCGACCAGUACAUGCCCUACCUGGUCCUGGACAUCUUCGAGACCACCCCGGGGGUGCCGGGGCUGUUCCUGGCCUGUGCCUACAGUGGGACCCUCAGCACGGCCUCCACCUCCAUCAACGCCAUGGCCGCCGUCACCGUGGAGGAUUUCGUGAAGCCGCGGCUGCCCUCGCUGUCCCCCAGGAAGCUCACGCUCAUCUCCAAGGGGCUCUCUCUCACCUACGGCACCUCGUGCAUCACGGUGGCAGCUCUGUCCUCUCUGCUGGGGGGGGGCGUCCUGCAGGGCUCCUUCACGGUGAUGGGGGUGAUCAGCGGCCCCUUGCUGGGGGCUUUUGUCCUGGGCAUGUUCCUGCCCUUCUGCAGCACGGCCGGUGUCCUGGGGGGCCUGGCCGCUGGCUUUGCCCUGUCCCUCUGGGUGGCCGUGGGGGCCACCCUGUACCCCCCCAGCGCGGCCACCAUGGGGGUCCUGCCCAGCUUCGACACCCUCUGCCCCCCCCGCAAUGGCACCGACGCCAACGGCACCGCCCUGCCCGCGCCCCUCGGCCCCCCCGGGCACCCCCCCGAGCCCACACGACCGGCCAUCCUGGGUGACUUCUACUCCAUGUCCUACCUGUACUACGGGGCGCUGGGGACCCUCAGCACGGUGGGGGUGGGGGUCCUGCUCAGCUCCCUGCCAGCCACCAGGUAACAAAGGGGUCAGACCUGCCAAGCUCCGCC